AUGACGGUGGACGAGGCAAGUCCGCUUGCAACUUGGUUUUCAUCCCUCGUUGGAAGCUCUGCAUCAUCUGCAUCGAAGCUUCCCGAGAAAAAGGUCCUUGAGGAUGAAGACAAGUGGGAUCGUGAGCGUGCCUUCAACAUUGCAGACAGCCUCGAGAACGUUCGAAACUUGCCAGCAGAUAUCAAAGAGAAAGAGGUAAAGUAUAUCUUCAGCAAGUAUGGCACAGUUCGAAGCGCCGAUGUCGUUAUGUGGCCCGGGUUGCCCACCCUUUGUGCCAACGGCAGCUUGGCGCCUUUGGAGAUUUCGCUGGCCAAUCGCCAGAAGACAGACUGGCAGGCCUGUGCCUUCAUCACUUACAGCACCGCUGAUGCAGCUGCAACUGCUAUCAGAGCGCUCAAUGGUGUCUACCGUCCACGCAGUUCAUCUCCUGAGCCUCUGGCUGUGAUGCUUGCGCGACCUGGUGCCUUGCCUGAUCCUGUGCAGUCCGGCUUGAUGCUCCCACAGGCAGAGGAUCAGGUGGUAGCUCUUGCCGCCGACAAGGGAAACUUUUCGAGUGGAGGUCAACUGGCAGCAUCUGCAACAGCUUCCUACGUUGCGGAAAAGACCCGAUGCAAACUGUUCGUUGGGAACUUGCAUGCAGAAAUACCCAGGGAAAGGCUUAGCCAAGUGUUUGGAGAGUGGGGCAGAGUCGUGAAUGUGCAUGUGAUGACUGGAAAGUCCAAGUUUGGCAGUGCAUGUGCAUUUGUGGAGAUGGCCACUCCUGCUGAAGCAGAGAUUGCGCUGAAGGCCUGCGGCCGUUCGACCUAUGCUCUUCUCAGCGCACUUGCUUUCCCAUGCACCUGUGAAUUUCUCUCUGUGCGUUUACGAGACACGCAAAUGGCUGGCAGUGGAUGGCUGAAACCGGGUCCAUAA